AGGUAUUCAACUGUUACGCGUGUUGUACUUUCAGGCAAAUAGGAAAAAAGCCUUAAAGCGCAGCAGCAGAGGCUUGAACAGUAAAUAGGGAGCAGAGGCGGGAAAACGUGAGUAGAGCAAGACACAGAGAUGAAGGAAGAGAGAGCGGCGAAAGGCGGAGAACAGCGGUCGGUGGACGAACGUUACACACAGUGGAAGUCACUGGUUCCUGUUCUCUACGAUUGGCUUGCUAACCACAACCUCGUUUGGCCUUCCCUCUCCUGUCGGUGGGGUCCCCAGUUUGAGCAAGCAACUUACAAGAACCGCCAGCGCCUCUACCUUUCUGAGCAGACUGAUGGUAGCGUUCCAAAUACGCUUGUCAUAGCUAAUUGUGAAGUUGUAAAACCUAGGGUUGCAGCAGCACAACACAUAUCUCAGUUCAACGAAGAAGCACGUUCGCCUUUUGUAAAGAAGUACAAAACUAUUAUUCAUCCGGGUGAGGUGAAUCGAAUAAGGGAACUGCCUCAGGAUAGCAAGAUUGUGGCCACACACACUGACAGUCCUGAUGUUCUUAUUUGGGAUGUUGAGUCUCAGCCUAACCGUCAUGCUACCUUGGGCGUAAAUAAUUCUCGACCGGACUUGAUAUUGACUGGACAUCAAGACAAUGCUGAAUUUGCGCUCGCUAUGUGCCCUUCUGAGCCUUUCGUGCUCUCUGGAGGGAAGGACAAAUCGGUUGUUCUCUGGAGCAUUCAUGACCAUGUGUCAACAUUAGCAGCAGACCAGGGAGCUACAAAGUCUCCUGGAUCUGGAGCAAGUAACUCGAAACCUUCUGCAGAAGGCCCUACUGUUCAAGCUCGAGGUAUUUUCCAAGGACAUGAUGAUACCGUAGAAGAUGUUCAGUUUUGCCCUUCCAGUGCACAGGAGUUUUGCAGUGUUGGAGAUGAUUCCUGCCUAAUACUGUGGGAUGCAAGAACUGGUUCUUCUCCUGCUGUCAAGGUAGAGAAGGCUCAUAACGCUGAUCUUCAUUGUGUUGAUUGGAAUCCUCACGAUGUAAAUUAUAUUUUGACUGGGUCGGCAGAC